AGUGCGUGGAGGAACUUUUACGCACCAGAACAAUUACGGAUGUUUGGACUUGAAGUUGAUCAUUAUACAAAUAUAAGUGGCUGUAAAUCUCCAGGGCCGAUUACCUAUAAACACAGCUGGAUCUGCUUUUUAUUUUGCGUGAAGGGGGGCAGAGUUUUGUGGAAAGGGGAGGAAAAUGGGGUUUCUGUCAAACGUCACAUCCAAGGACGCGCUGGAACGAGCCUGGGAAAGCUCCGCGCGCGGCAGAAGCUGAUCCCACCUCAAGUGGCGCAGAUCUCCACGCAUUCGCUGCGCACAGAAACAUCCGCAGCCGCAAGAACCAUGAAGCCCGGACUGCAACUCCUUCACUUUGCCAUAACGUUUCCUCUCGUCAGUGGAACACCUUUCCAUUAUAGCAUGUUUCAGGGGAAAGCUCGUUCUGCCUCCGAAACGCGACAAAGAAACAAAAAUUGGUGCGCAUACGUUGUGCACAAAAAUGUGAGCUGCGCAGUCGUUGGAGGAACGGAGAGUUUUGCGCAGCCGGAGUUUCUGCCGUGUCCGCCGGAGAUGCCCAACUGUGCACAACAAGUCAUAUAUCAAACCCAUUUUAGGCCGAUGUAUAAAAUUGCUUACAAGACGGUGACGGAGCUGGAGUGGAGAUGCUGUCCGGGUUACAGGGGUCACGACUGCAUGGAGGUGAAGGACAUGAGGCUGCUUCAAGCAGAGCGUCUGCCCUCCUUCCCGCCUGUCUCUGGACGUCGUCAAGUCCCACAAGUCCCAAGCCAAAGAUUUGAAGGCAACCCGUCACUGAGUGGAGAAGGAAAAGUGGGAGGUGAAGAAACAUCCCAACAUCCGGCACACCUGGAGGAGGAGGUGCAGCGCCUGUCUCAGAUGGUUCUGGACAUGCAGGCCCGAAUGACAGACAUGGCCUCAAAUCUGAGGCUGGAUUUCCAGGAGGACGCCAGUAAAAUGCUGGUUUCGUUACUUAGCAACGUCAAGCAGCCCGCCAGCGCGCGCGGCGAGGAGAUUCAAAGCUUUCAGGUGCAGGACUUCACUUAUGACCAGAAGGCAACACCAGUGGAUGAGCUGAUGAACAAGAUCAACCAGGUCACCGAUGACCUGGAGUCCAGAAGGAGCAAUUUCGAUGACCUGGAGGGUCGAGUCAACCACCAUGACGGACAAAUCCGUCUGUUGAUGGAGACCGUGCUGUCCACGCCCUCUCCCGCUACUCCGUCCACAAACGCAGACUUGCGAGUCUACGUGAACAACAAGAUCCAAGAACUGAGGGAGGAGAUGAUGGAAGGCAUUGAAAUCAAACUCGCAGACCUGAAGAACUCCUGUGACUAUAAAGUCCUCUCGGUGCAGGAGCAGUGUGAAGGACAGGAGAUGAACUACCUCAGCCUGGCUGAGCUCAUGGACUCAAAGGAAAGUGAUCUUCGCAACGAGAUCAAAGAGCUUAAGGCCAAACUUGUUGAGCAAGGGAAUGCAGAUGUUCUGACUCGUGUGGAGAAGCCUGAAAGUCACCUCAACUCAUCGGAGUUGGCGGCACAGUGUUGCUCUGUGGAGGAGAAGCUGCUGAACAAACAGGAGCUCGCUGUCCAAAAGCUGAAGGAGACGAUGGAGGACAAGCUGGAAUCCAUGGAGGAAAGGCUUAAAACUCUACUGGUGGACACCAGAACCAGCUCAUUCGGAAAUCAGAUUAAGAACCAAGAUCCUUUUCAGAAAGACAUAGAUUCUUUAAAAGUCUCAGUCCAAACUUUAGAUGAUAAACUCAACGACUUCCGUGCACGAGGGUUGAUGGCAAAUACGACUAACUUUGAGAGCUUCAGAGCUAUUGUAGAUGUUUUGGAAACGGAUCUAAAAGAUCAGAGAAGGGAUAUUGGAGCCAUGGACCAGCAGAUCCAAAAUCACAGCAGCAGCAUUGAGAAUAUAAACACCAAAUUAAACUACCUUCAAGGCCUCGUCGGCAGAGCAGAGGACUCUUUAUUGGAGGUAGUUCAGCGGAACUCAGAGGCACUGAAAAGUCUGAACUCCUCUCGGGUCGCAGAGGUUGAACAGGAUCUUCUGAAGCUCUUCAGGGACGAGCAGGAAGAGAUGAGGAAGAAGCUGGACGCGCUGGGCAGGGAGGUCAAAGCGGACGCCGACCGCUGCAGAGAAGCAACGCAACACGCAGGAGAGGAGAUCUCCAACAUCGACAGCCGCAUCGAUAAGAUGGAAACGGUUUGCAACCGGCUGGACCCCAUCUCCGGAAGCCUCCAGAGGAUCAAAGAGGGGCUGAACAAGCACGUUACCGGCCUGUGGACCUGUGUGAACCAGAUGAACGUCACAGUUAGAGGUCAUGCUCGUGACCUCGUAGAGCUGAGGGGAUCUUUGGAGAUCCUCCAGAACAGUCACGCAAAUGCAUCCAGGAACGUUGUGGAGAGCAGUUCUGGUGGAAAAGAAGGUUCCCCUCAAAGCUCCACGCAGACCGUCAGGGUGUCGGCUUUCCCCCCGGAUUCCUCCCUCCCACGGCCACCCGUGAUCGAAACCGGAGAGGCGGGCCCUCCAGGGAAAAUGACCCCGUCCAGACUGCCGGAGGGGGCCGACGGCGGCAUGCUGGGCGAUCAGGGUUUUGCAGGAGCCCCAGCUUCUGCUCCUAAAUCCACCGACGCCGUCAUGAUCUCAGGUGUGAGCAAACCACAAAGACUCCCACUAGAGAAAACAGCCACAGCAGCAGAGGACAGAGUGUCGUUCUCAGCUGGUCUGACUCUCCCCCCCUUGAGAGGAGACGUUGGAGUCAUUCGCUUCAAUGACGUCCUGGUGAACGAUGGAGGACAUUAUGAUUCUGAUACAGGCAUCUUCACAGCUCCCACAGACGGCCGCUACCUGCUGACCGCGGUUCUCGCGGCGCAGCGCGGUCAAAAGGUCGAGGCCGUUCUCUCUGUGUCGAACCGCAGCAUCCAGAAGCUGGACUCUGCUGGCUUUUUGUCUGAAGCAGAAGCAUCCACCCCACAAUGCAACUGCAGCAGCUCUGUUUCACUCAGCCUGGUUCUGUCUCUGAGGCAGGGUGACCGGGUCGGACUCAUCCUGACCGCCGGAAAGCUCGCCAUCUCGGCGUCACCAGAGAUCCUGUCGUCUUUCAGCGCCGUUCUCCUUUACCCCUCCAAACGGUAGUUCUUUUAAUCCAAGACCGAUUUAUUUUGAAGGAGCGGACAGACGUUAUAUUUAAGAUUUGAGGAAAAAGGAAAACACGAGAAUGUAUUUUAUAAGUAUUACUGUAUGGAUUAGUUUCUGUAGAAAUAUUUUCAUUGUUUGUGUUUUACAUUUUCAUAU